AUGGACACAGCAGCUGUACAGACCUGAGAAUUCAGCACAGGGAUGGUGUGGAACGCCUCCUAAUGGGCACAGCAGGUGUGCAGACCUGAGAACUCUGCACAGGGAUGGUGGGAACCCCUCAUAAUGGGCACAGCAGGUGUGCAGACCUGGGAACUCAGCACAGGGAUUGUGGGAACCCCUCAUAAUGAGCCCAGCAGGUGUACAGACCCGGGAACUCAGCACAGGGAUGGUGAGAACAACUCAUAAUGGGCACAGCUGGUGCACAGACCCGAGAACUCAGCACAGGGAUGGCGGGAACCCCUCAUAA